UGCCAGAGAGCCGGUCGGACAUGCGGCCGCCGGGAGUGCGAGCGCGCCCGAGUGAGCGUUGUUACGUGUGAGUGCGUGCUUGUGAUGGCGACGCUGGGUCUUUCUAAGGUCUUUAUUCUGGAUAAGUACUUUACGGAGCUGCAGAAGUUUUGGGAGACAGAGAAGAAGUUGCAAGAUGCAUCCUCCUCGAAUGAGGCGGUACACCUUCAACAGCGACUGCGCAGUCUCAGCACAGAACUGGUGACCCUGAGGAACCGUCUGCAUGUAGGGCAGCCUGCUCAUGCUCCUGCCGCUCCCACAGUACCGCCCCGCGUCGCACCGACCCCUCACCCCCUCUCUCCGGCAGAAGCGAUAACGAGUGUGAAGUGCCGCGCAGGGGAGAAGAAGCACCAGCCACAGCCACCCCCCAAGGAACAGCUUGUCGUGAGAAGCGACGGCAAGGGGCUCGUGAAACAGCAGGUGGGGUGGCCAGCGGGUGGGGCAGAACUAGAAGACCUCAUACACCUGCCGGGGCCGCUCACAGAAGACGCCGUCCUCAAGUGCCUGCAUGCACGCUUCUGUGCCUCUCACUUCUUCACAAACGUGGGCCCCAUUUUGCUGUCCGUGAACUCAUACCGUGAUGUUGGCAACCCGCUGACUCUUACCAGUACCCGCGGGGUUGCCCUUAGCCCUAAGCUGCUUAAAGUAGUGCAGGAGGCGGUGAGGCAGCAGUCGGAGACUGGCUACCCACAGGCUAUAAUUCUCUCAGGUACCAGUGGCUCCGGAAAGACGUACGCGUCCAUGCUGUUACUACGCCAACUGUUCGAUGUGGCGGGCGGAGGUGCGGAGACCGAUGCCUUCAAGCAUCUUGCCGCAGCCUUCACCGUUCUCCGCUCCCUGGGCAGCGCGAAAACUACCUCCAAUUCAGAAUCUAGUCGAAUAGGCCACUUCAUAGAGGUGCAGGUGACGGACGGCGCCCUCUACAGAACUAAAAUUCACUGCUACUUCCUGGACCAGACUCGGGUCAUCAGGCCCCUGCCUAACGAGAAGAACUAUCACAUAUUUUACCAAGUGCUAGCUGGACUCACGCCAGAGGAGAGAGUGAAACUGAGCCUUGAGGGCUACUCUCCCCACAACCUCCGCUACCUGCAGUUCGGAGACACUCGGCAAGACGAGACAGAGGAUGCUGCUCGUUUCCAAGCAUGGAAGACAUGUCUUGGAGUGCUGGGCAUCCCAUUCCUGGACGUGGUGCGCGUGUUGGCAGCAGUGCUACUGCUCGGAAACGUACAAUUCAUGGAUGGCAAGGGGCUGGAGGUAGACGUCAAGGGAGACCCGGAACUGAAGGCGGUGGCAAGCCUGCUAGGAGUGUCCAGUGCCACUCUAUUCCGAGGCCUUACCAACCGCACGCACAACGCCCGAGGACAGCUAAUUAAGUCUGUGUGUGACGGCAACAUGUCCAACAUGACUAGGGACUCGCUGGCCAAGGCGCUGUAUUGCCGCACCGUUGCCACCAUUGUAAGGCGCGCAAACAGCCUCAAGAGAUUGGGUUCCACGCUCGGCACUCUCAGCUCCGACUCCAACGAAUCGGUACACAACCAGAACGAGGUGGCGAGCCAGCAUGCUUCUACUAUUGGCACUGCUGGUUCCAAGUCCAGCAAGUCCAUGACUGCGCUCAACAAUGCGGUCCGCCAUGCUACUGACGGAUUCAUUGGAAUUUUGGACAUGUUUGGAUUUGAGGACCCUAAGCCGAGCCACCUGGAGCACCUGUGCAUCAACCUGUGUGCCGAGACCAUGCAGCACUUCUACAACACGCACAUCUUCAAGUCGAGCAUAGAGUCGUGUCGAGACGAGGGGAUCUGCUGCGAGGUCGAAGUAGACUACGUCGAUAAUGUUCCGUGUAUCGACCUCAUUUCCUCCUUGCGCACGGGCCUGCUCAGCAUGCUGGACGUGGAGUGCUCGGUGCGAGGCACCGCCGAGUCCUACAUCGCCAAGCUGAAGGUGCAGCACAAGCAGAACUCGAGGUUGCUGGAGCCCCGGCCUCUGGAGCCACGUGCCUUCGGCAUACAGCACUUCGCUGGCCGAGUCGUGUACGACGCGUCCGACUUCCUGGACACCAACAAGGACGUGGUGCCGGACGACUUGGUUGCGGUGUUCUACAAGCACACGUGCAAUUUUGGCUUCGCUACUCACCUGUUUGGAAGCGAGCUUAAGGCGCUCUAUUCCACCGAGACAGUACCAAGAGGCGUGAGCUUCAGGAUAUCCCCCACCUCACACACGGACCUGUUGAAUGGGGACGAGCCAGUGUCGACACUUACCCAAGACUUUCACACGCGUCUGGAUAAUCUGCUGAGGACACUAGUUCAUGCGCGGCCUCACUUCGUGCGCUGCCUGCGCAGCAACUCGUGCGAGAUGCCUGGUCGAUUUGACCGUGGCACGGUCAUGCGGCAGAUACGCUCCCUGCAGGUGUUAGAGACUGUCAAUCUCAUGGCAGGAGGGUACCCACACCGGAUGCGAUUCAAAGCAUUUAACGUGCGCUAUCGGCUGCUGGCGCCGUUCCGCAAGCUGCGGCGUGCGGACGACAAGGCGACGGAGGACUGCUUGCUGAUCCUGCAGAGCCUGCAGCUCGCCCUGGAAGCGAGGCCCAAGCUGCAGGCGUGCGCCGUCAGCACGAGCUGGGCGCUGGGCAAGCGCCACAUCUUCCUCAGUGAGGGGGCUAGGCAGCAGCUGGAGUUUCUGCGUGCGGGCAAGAGGCACAAGGCGGCCCAGCUGAUCCAGUCUACGUGGCGAGGCUGGCACGUGCGUCGACGAUGGCCCACCUUGAGGCGAGGGCUCGAGCUGGCCGCCUCCCCCUCUCGAGGCGCUGCUGCCGCCUCCGCUGCAGCCACCGCGCGCCCCCGGCCGCAGCCAAUCGCCGGCACGCCGCCUCCCGACCCCAGCGAGAAGUGCGACCACAAGAUGAUCCAGCAAACUUGCAAUUUGUUUGGUCUUGACCUGGAGAGACCACCCCCGGUACCACCGAGCAGACCCUACACUGUGACUGGAAACACCAAGCUUGGGUACCCUCAGACCAGAGUUAUGAAGAUGCCCUUUCCAGAAGAUUCGGCUGGAGAGACAGUGCUGCUGAAGGGAGAAACGGUGCUGGUGAUUGGAGCCUCUCAGCAUCGGGGUCACCUGGUGGUGGAACACAACAACACGAGCCUGCAUGUCCCGUUCCAGUUCCUCGAGCUGAAGCCAGUCGGCGUCAACAUUUGAGCUACCCUGUCUUCUGUCUUGUGUGGACGCAGCCUAGUGUCUCGAGUCUUUAAGCAUUAUGCCUCAUACAUCACAGAAAUCAUACCGUUCCAUCUAUGUAGAAACAUUCAGCCUGGACGAAAACGUUAACAACACUUAAAAACAUUCAAAUGAACUUCAGAGCAAAAAAUACUAAGUGACUAUAAUUUGGUACGUUUAUGUUACAUGAAGUGAAAGUUUUGUUAUCAGACCACCCACAGGUACUUGAAGUGUAAAGAACAAUACCUAUUUCAAAUGUUUGAAAACAGAAAUAGUUGUAGUACAUUUCAGAUUAUGUUUCAAAGUUUGAUGAACAUGUGUAAAUCCGUUUCAGUAUUUAAUUCCUAUAUAUUAAAAUUUGUGUUGAUAAGUGUAGUAUUAGUUGUUGGUGUUCUAAACUUACAAGAAAAAUAUGUAAACAGUGAUAAAGGCAUCUGCUUUACACCAGAUGUAAUGAACAUUCGUUUACAACAAACCAUAAAUUUUUAUUGUUAAUGGUGUCAAAAAUGAAGUAUUUUUGGUUCAUGCUACCCGCAGGUGCACAAAGAUUGUUUUCAGAAAUUCUGUUGUGUUUGUUCAUUACAACUGACUGAUAGUUUUUCCAUGCGAUGUAGUCUUACACUACUUACAAGAGUACAAAGUAAAACAAUACAGUUUUAUGUAUAUUAUAAGUAUUUGUUUAAAUAUGUUGUGCAUGUAGCACCUUAAAAAUUAUAUUUAGACUUAAUUUUAUGCUAUUUUACAUGUCAGUAUUGAUUUUCUAUACAAAAUAAAGUGUAAUCCA